AUGUCCACGGCGGAGCGCCGCAGCGAGGUCGUGGCAGAGGCGCCGCACGAGGAGGGGCGCGAGCUCACGAUCCUCUAUGCAACCGAGACAGGCAAUGCCGAAGAGGUCGCCGAGCGCAUUGCGCGCAUUGCGUACCGGCGGCACAUCCAGGUGCGCCUGUACAACAUCGCCGACUAUGACAAGAUGGAGUUGAUCAACGAGACGCACGUCAUCUUUGUCGUAUCCACCACAGGCAACGGCGAAUUUCCUGUAUCCGCGCGUCCGUUCUGGCGCUUCCUCCUGCGCAGCACAUUGCCGGGCGAUAUACUGUCGGACCUGGCCUUUGCGACGUUCGGACUGGGCGACUCGACCUACGCGCGCUUCUGCUGGGCCGCACGUAUGCUGCACGCGCGGCUCAAACAGCUCGGCGCACACCCGUGGAUGGACGAGGGCGAGGGAGACGACCAGCACUACUUGGGCUUUGACACCAUCCUCCUGCCUUGGCUCGACGAGCUCAAAACGCGGCUCGACGAGGACAUGCCGAUGCCAGAGGGAAUGCAGCCGAUUCCCGACACGGAGCUGCUUCCUCCGCGCGUACGUUCCAAGGUCGAAAAAGAGGCGCCCGCCGCAUUCCACGACCAUGCCACGCUGCACGCGACGCUCGUCACGAACGAGCGCAUGACGGCUGCGGAGCACUGGCAGGACGUGCGCCUGCUCGAGCUGGACCUCGACGAGAACGCCUCGCUGCCGGCCUACCGUGCAGGCGACGUCGUUGCACUCAUGCCGGAAAAUGACCCCGAGGAAGUGGAAAAGCUCCUCGAGCGCUUGGGAUGGACCGACGUUGCCGACCAGCGCCUCUUGCUCACGAAUACCGACCCUCACCGCCCCCUUCCCCCUAAUCUCGCUCAUGAAAACGAGGACGGGAGUCUGACGCUCCGCCGUCUGCUCACCGCGCACCUCGACCCAUUUUCUGUACCCCGCAAGAGUUUCUUUGAAGCGAUCGCGCCUUUUUCGCCCGCGGACCACCGCGAGCGUGAGAAGCUCGAAGAAUACCUCCAGCCCGGCGAGGGAACGGACGAUAUGUACGAGUACGCGCAGCGCGUACGCCGCUCAAUGGCCGAAGUGUUGUACGAGUUUACGAGCGUUGCGCUGCCCGUGGAGCAAGUCAUGAAUGUCUUUCCGGUGCUCCGUGAGCGCCAAUUUAGCAUCGCGAGCGGCCCUACUCUCUAUCGUCGCCGUAUCCAGCUUGCGAUUGCGCUGGUCAAGUACAAAACGCGUCUGCAAAAGCCGCGCGAAGGCAUCUGCAGUGCAUGGAUCACGCGCCUGGACACCGGCGUGCGUCUCCCCCUGCGCAUCGUCCCUGGCACGCUGCUCGUCCCUGCGAACGCAGAGACACCUAUAAUUACGAUCGGCCCUGGCACGGGCAUUGCGCCUCUGCGUGCCAUUGUGCAAGAACGCAUCGCAUCCACGCCCCCUGCACACGACAACCUGGUCAUUAUCGGCUGCCGCUACGCCGCGUGCGACUUUUUAUUCAGAAACGAAUGGGAGACACUCGCUGCGCGCGAGGCCCCGUCCGCUGCAAACGACGCCGACUCGGUCGCGGACGCGAUCGAGCGGCUGCGUCUCUCGUCGACCCCCCUGAUCGAGCUGCACGUCGCGGCGAGCCGCGACCAAGAAAACAAAAUCUACGUGCAAGAUGUGCUGCGCAAGCACGGCGAAAAGGUCUGGUCCAUCCUGGGCCAGCGCCGCGGCAUUGCCUACCUCUCUGGCAGUUCGUCUGGCCGCAUGCCCGAACAAGUCCGCCAGGCCAUGCUCGACAUUUUCCAAGAGCACGGAAAGAUGGACGACGACCAGGCGGCACGAUACCUCAUGACACUCGAGGCCGAACACCGCUGGCAGGAAGAGUGCUGGUAA